AUGCCGCUGAAUGAGAGAUUGGAUGAUUCAAUCGAAACCUCUGUAAUUGAUAAUCUUUGUGCCGCGUUUGAUAAUACCCUGAUAUCUACCCCUGAUGUUCAAAAAUAUAAUGAUGCUGUAAGCGCCAUUUUCCAACUAAAGCAAUACUCUGCAUCUAGGAAGAUACCUACUGAUGUAUCAAAUAUCAAAGGGUUUAUAGAUGACCAUAAAGUUGAAGAAAUAUUGACAAGGUCUUACCAAGAUCACUCUGAAUCCCGUGCGCAUUUAUCAAAACUUAUCCAGAAAGACAUCACCUUCGCACUAAAUUUAUUUGAAAUGUUAUCCAGAUCAUCAGUUCAUAUUUUUGUUGGUUGCUUCACGGACAAGAAGACGACAAUUUCACUAUUGAAUGAGCUGCAAAUGAGGAUACAUUAUGGCGAGGACGUCCACGUAACUUAUUUGCUUAGUGUAAUUCUACAACUAUUGAAUAAGUUCAGUUAUAAUUUUAAAGAAGUACGAUUUUUAGUGAAAGAACUUAUUUUACGCAUAAAUGAGGAUGAGGUGAAGUCGAUGAUGCUUAUAAUUUUUGCUAAUUUACAAUCAAAUUUUGCAAAGGACUUUGAUAAGGCAAUUAUCGAUUUCAUGAGCAGCCUGAUUGUGGAAGCGGAGAUAGAGGUAGGAAAUGAUCCAUUGUCUACAAUAGUCAAAACUCUCUCAGAAUUGUAUCCUUCAUUGACGGCACUUUGUUCUGAAGUAUUCUUGACCAAUGGGUUAAGCAAGCUUUUCAAGAAAAGAGUGUUCGAAGAGCAGGAUUUGCAAUUCACAAAGGAACUACUGCAACUCUUAUCGUCUGCAUGUAUCGACGAAACAAUGAGAGUUUAUAUUACUGAAAAUUACAUUCAACUCUUAGAGACGUCAUUGAACGUGAAAGAAGUGCAAGUAUAUUCUGCAUUAGUAUUAGUCAAGACAUGGUCCUUCACAAAAUUAACAAAUAUAAACUUAACACAAUUAUCUGAGAUAUUUAUAAGUGCCAUUUCAGGAUGUGUCAUGCCAAAAAUCAAGGAUUUGAAUGAAGGAUCCUUUAAAUCGGAAGAAGUCACUAAAGUCGAUAUGUCCGUGGAGGCGCUAGCGUACUUGAGCCUGAAACCCUCAGUGAAGAAUAUGGUUAGAAAUAACGGCAGCUUUAUUAAAAUAUUAUUAGACCUGAUAACAAACCAGAGGACCACGCAUUUUUUGUAUGGCCUUUUGGUUAUUAUGGCCAACUUAACCGCCUUACCAGAGGAAACCAACAGCGGAUCUCAACCAAUCAAUGAUUUAAAAAAUUAUGCGGACUUAAAAGGACCAGCUGCAGAGAAGAUUGGCGCAGAGAAAGAAUCAAAAGUAGAUAUCACAUUGUUUGACGAGAAGUAUGUGUUAAACACCGAAUUAAUAUCUUUUUUGAAGAGUGAAAUGCACAGCUUGAGCCCCAAUUGCAAACAACAAGUGGUAAGAGUUAUCUAUAACUUGACUCGCUCAAAAAAUUUCAUUCCUCAAUGCAUUUCACAAGGUGGCACAACUAUCAUCUUGGAAUAUUUGGUCAAUAAGCAAGACGUAGGAGAGCCUAUACGUAUUCUAGGCUGUCGCGCUCUAACAAGAAUGCUAAUAUUCACCAAUCCAGCUUUAAUAUUUAGAAAAUACUCUGCAUUAAACGCCAUACCGUUCUUGUUCGAAUUGCUACCGAGGUCUACACCAGUGGAUGAAAAUCCAUUACAUAACGACGAGCAAAUCAAGUUGACAGAUAAUUAUGAAGCUUUAUUAGCUUUGACUAACUUAGCCUCAUCAGAAACAUCCGAUGGUGAAGAAGUUUGUAAGCGCAUCGUGUCUACAGAUGACUAUUGGUCUACAAUUGAGAAUCUGAUGCUGGAUGAAAACGUCCCACUGCAAAGAUCAACACUAGAAUUAAUAAGUAAUAUGAUGAGUCAUCCAUUGACAAUUGCUGCGAAGUUUUUCAAUCUGGAAAAUCCGCAAAGUUUGAAAAAUUUCAAUAUAUUAGUGAAAUUACUUCAAUUAUCCGACAUUGAAUCUCAACGAGCCGUUGCCGCUAUUUUUGCUAAUAUUGCCACUACGAUCCCAUUGAUAGCUAAAGAACUCUUGACCAAAAAAGAACUCAUUGAAAAUGCUAUUCAAGUAUUUGCAGAUCAAAUUGAUGAUAUUGAACUAAGACAAAGAUUACUUAUGCUCUUUUACGGAUUAUUUGAAAUGAUACCAGACAACAGCCCUAACGAAGUAUAUCCGUUGUUGCAAGAGAAUCAGCAAUUAAAGAAGGCUCUGAAUAUGUCUUUGGAGAGGGGAGACUUAGGACCAGAGUUUUCUGCUGCGAUCCCUGUCAUUUUGGCUAAGAUCAAAGUCUAA